AUGGCGAUAGCACCUCCCACUCCCGGACAGCUCGCCUCAACACCGAUCAGCCAAUUGUCACUUCUAGAGAAACUAGACCUGUUCCCUGGGGUCUUAUCGGUUUUGGGUACAGCCUUCUACACGGCAGCGACAGGCCCCUUUCGGGGAGAAUCCGGAGCAUAUACCUAUGGACAGCAUUUGAGCGCCGCAAUUAUACGGAAGCUGGUAAAAAGGCUCAGCACUCGACAGCUGCAGUACAUUGGUGAACCGUUCUCCAAAAUCUACGAGAAAUGGGCGAGAAGCAACGGCAUUCAGCCUGAGUUCGUCACCCUCAAGUCGGGCUGCAAGGCCUUUUGGAUGGGUGACAAGGAAAAGGCUAAGCAUAUCGUUGUCUAUUUUCAUGGAGGAGGAUUUUCACUCGAUGGGGAUGAUAUUCACCUGAAGUUUUGGCACGGAGUUCAAAAGGCUCUCGAGGAAGGCGGCGAACAUGUGGCGUUCUUCUUUCUCGAGUACACGCUGGUUCCACAUGCUACUUAUCCGACACAGAUCGUUCAAGCGGUUGAAGCCGUGAAUUAUGUGAGAACCGAACUGCAACGUCCUGCAUCCGAUAUCAUACUCGGUGGAGAUUCUGCCGGGGGCAACAUGUGUCUCGCGGUGUUGUCCCAUGCGAUGCAUCCAAACAAUGAACUCCCAGACCUUGCUUUCGGUGAGGGAGACAAAUUCAAGGCCAUUGUGCUUGUUGCUCCGUGGACAACCUUCAGGGUCGACUGGCCAAGUAGCGAAAGAUGCAAGUACAAGGACAUCGUUUCCACCUACGCCGCCCAGAUGUGGUCGAACGAUUACAUGGCGGGAAGACCACAAACUCCUUAUGCGGAGGCCCUCGAAGCAUCUGCCGACUGGUGGAAAGAUCCUAGAGUCGAACAUGUCUUGUGUGUUGCUGGCGGCGAUGAAAUGCUGAUCGACUCUAUUGAUGCCUGGGUAGAAAAGUACAAGUCCGUCAACCCGGAUGGGAUCACCUACGUCGUAGGCGCUCACGAAAACCACAUCGAGCCAAUUACCAAUACGCGCUGGAGCACAGCCGAAACCGAACAGGGCAAGGCAAUCAAGUCCUGGUUGAAAGCGAAGUUGUAA